UGAGCGCUCGCGGGGACCGGCUAGAGAGCCUGGUCUCUAGUGAUGUGCCCUCUGCGGCCCCGGGCCUCACGGACAGGCUCCGGAACAUGGUGGCCUGAGGAGGGAGAGGAUUCCUCUUGAAGUGGGUAGUAGACGGAGCGUGCCCCCACUUCGCCGGCCCCCGGAAAGGGGUCUUGGAGGACGGAGAGCGCCCCUGCCCCGCCCCCGCGUGGCCUGCCCUCGGCAGCUUCGGGAUGGCCGCCCCCGGAGCGCCUCUCUCGGCUGCUGACUCCUCACCGCCUCCGCUGCCGGGCCUCGGAACCGGCGCGGCGCGGCGCCCGGCUCCGCGGGGGAAGACUCUGGCGGCUGUCCCCGCGCGCACUUCCGCUUCCGGCCGCCGGGCGCGCCGGGCCGCGGGUGCCAUGGACGAGCCCGAGAUGCAGCUCAAGGGGAAGAAAGUCACGGACAAGUUCACCGAGAGCGUCUACGUAUUGGCCAACGAGCCGUCGGUGGCUCUGUACCGGCUGCAGGAGCAUGUCCGCCGCUCGCUGCCAGAGCUGGCGCAGCACAAGGCUGACAUGCAGCGCUGGGAGGAGCAGAGCCAGGGCGCUGUGUACACCGUGGAGUACGCGUGCAGCGCCGUGAAGAACCUGGUGGACAGCAGCGUGCACUUCCGCAGCGUGGAGGGGCUCCUGAAGCAGGCCAUCAGCAUCCGUGAGCACAUGAACGCCGGCACCCACGGCCACAGCCCGGAGGAUCCGCCCCCGCCCUCCUCGGCCUGAUCUAGGAAGGACUUGGAGGUGUUCCCUUGGGGCCAGGAUCAACAGGACAGAGGGACCCCGCCUGCUCUGAGUCCUCAGUCGCCCUCCCAA